AUGGUAGAAUAUAAGAAGACAGCUAUACUUUCCGUCUACGAUAAGACCGGGCUUUUGGAUCUCGCGAAGGGCCUGGUAGAGAAUGACGUGCGUAUUCUAGCAUCCGGUGGAACCGCACAAUUGGUCCGGGAGGCCGGUUUCCCAGUGGACGACGUUUCCACAAUCACACAUGCUCCUGAAAUGCUAGGUGGGAGGGUCAAGACUCUGCAUCCUGUCAUUCAUGGUGGUAUUCUCGCCAGGAAUUUGGACAGUGACGAGCAGGACCUGAAAGACCAGCAUAUUGAAAAGGUCGACUUCGUCAUUUGCAAUCUGUACCCGUUUAAAGAAACUGUUAGCAAGAUUGGUGUCACUGUGGAGGAGGCAGUGGAGGAAAUUGAUAUUGGAGGGGUGACUCUGUUGAGGGCUGCGGCCAAGAACCAUGCUAGGGUGACCGUGUUGUCCGAUCCGGAGGACUAUGCGGUCUUCAUUACCGAAUUGUCCAAAGAUGGGGAGAUCUCUCAGGAUUUGAGAAACAGACUGGCCCUCAAGGCCUUUGAACACACGGCUGAAUACGACGCAUUGAUUGCGGACUUCUUCAGGAAGAGAUACUCCGAGGACAAAGCGCAGUUGCCACUUCGUUACGGUUGUAACCCGUACCAGAAACCAGCGCAAGCGUUUAUCACGCAACAGGAGGAGCUACCAUUCAAAGUGCUUUGCGGAACCCCAGGCUACAUCAAUCUGCUGGACGCAUUGAACUCUUGGCCUCUGGUUAAGGAGCUUUCCGCAUCGUUGAACUUACCAGCGGCUGCGUCGUUCAAGCACGUAUCGCCAGCUGGUGUCGCCAUUGGUAUUCCGCUGUCGGAUACCGAGAAGCAAGUCUAUUUUGUCUCUGACAUGGCGAACAUGUCCCCACUAGCGUGUGCCUAUGCGAGAGCGCGUGGUGCGGAUAGAAUGUCCUCAUUUGGUGAUUUCAUCGCGCUAUCUAACAUUGUCGACGUAUCUACGGCCAGUAUCAUUGCGAAGGAGGUAUCCGACGGUGUCAUUGCACCCGGUUACGAACCUGAAGCUUUGGAGAUUCUGAAGAAGAAGAAAAACGGGAAAUACUGCAUUUUACAGAUCGAUCCAAACUACGGUCCUGAAGCGAUAGAAACGAGACAAGUGUUUGGUGUUUCCUUGCAACAGAGGAGAAACGAUGCAAUCAUCAACCAAUCUUCAUUCAGAGAAAUCGUAUCGAAUAACAAGGGGCUAACUGAGCAAGCUGUUAUCGACUUGACCGUGGCUACUCUAUCGCUGAAGUACACGCAGUCAAACUCCGUGUGCUACGCCAAGAAUGGUAUGGUCAUUGGUCUCGGUGCUGGCCAGCAGUCAAGAAUCCACUGCACCAGGUUGGCGGGGACCAAAGCGGACAACUGGUGGUUGAGACAACACCCUAAGGUGCUUGCCUUCAAGUGGGCUAAGGGCGUCAAGAGACCCGAGAAGUCGAAUGCUAUCGAUUUGUACGUUAGUGAGCAAAUACCAGACUCUGGGCCCGAAAGAGAGGAGUACGAAUCUAAAUUCGAGGAACUACCAGAACCACUAACGGGAGAGGAGAGAAAGGAGUGGUUGUCCAAGCUGAAUAACGUGAGUUUGUCCUCGGAUGCCUUCUUCCCAUUCCCUGACAAUAUCUACCGGGCAGCCAGAUCUGGUGUGAAGUACAUUGCUGCCCCCUCCGGCUCUGUCAUGGACAAAGCUGUGUUUGGUGCUGCCGAUGCACUUGGCAUGGUCUACGUGGAGAACCCAAUCAGACUAUUCCACCACUGA